AUGGAAUUCAUUUCGCAAAUUUUUGCAGUCCAAUUGCUUAUGUUAAUAAUAACUGUAAUAAAUUCAUAUAUUUUACCACAUGAAGUCUUAAACCGUGAUACGAAAAAUGUAACACAGCUUGAGAAAGAUCAAGAAUUGUUUAAUAGAACACGCAGAACAGCUGCCACAACAGAUAAAAGUCGUCUUUGGGAUAAGGGUAUUAUUCCCUAUGUAUUUGAUAAUGUUUUUGCUGAAUCACAAAAGAGAUUAAUAAAAAAAGCAAUGCGAGAAUGGGAGAGAUCAACUUGUAUAACAUUCGUUAAAAGAAUCCGGGGAAACCAAGCAAAGUUUUUAAAAUUUACUAAAUUAAAUUGCGGAUGUUGUUUUAUGGACUCACCGAUUUAUCGAAACGUAAAAUUAGUCAGUUUACAAAAUAAUAAGUGUAUCAAUUUACCGAUUAUUCUUCAUGAGUUGGGACACGCAAUUGGUUUUGAACAUGAACAUAAUCGUCCAGACCGUGAUAAAUAUGUUGAUAUCAUUGAUGGAAACAUACAUCCUGAUUACGUAGACCAGUUCACAAAACUAUCACAUGGUGAAGUAAAGACAUUCAAUCAAUCCUACGAUUAUCGUUCAGUAAUGCACUAUCCCCAAGAAUCAUUCUCAUAUUUCUCAAAUAUGAAAACACUUAUCCCAAGGGAAAAAAAUGAAAAUAUAACUCCAGCAAUCGGAUACAAUAAUAAACUCAGUUUGGGUGAUUCAGUUACAACAAAUAUUUUGUACCAGUGUCCCAAAUGUGGAGGAACAUUAUUGGGGCCUAGUGGUUUUUUUAAGUCGCCAAUAAACCCGAAUGGAUCAUUGGUUGGUUCCGAACGUUGUGAAUGGCGAAUAAGGGCUGCCGAAGGUGAAAAAAUCGAAGUUUACAUAACGGGAUUGAGUAUUUACGAGACUCAUGAUUGUGCAGUUGAUUAUUUGGAAAUCAAAAACGGCUAUAGAACUGAUGGUCAAGUGCUGGCUCGUUAUUGUGGAGAUAGUUAUACGGCCUAUGUAAUUGCUAGUAAUUAUUUGCUAGUGACUUAUGUAAAAAAUAGUGACAAAAGUAUUUAUAAUCGUUUCCUAGCUGAUUACAAGACUAUAUGUGGAGGUGAUGUUGGUCUUGAAAAAGAUACACCUUUUAAUUUCGAAUCGACAAAUUAUCCUGAUAAGUACCCGCCAAAUAGACGGUGCAUUUGGUACUUUACAGCACCAGAAAAUCAUCGUAUAGUAAUGAAGAUCAAUUACUUUGCUCUUGAAAUGAGUGACGAUUGUAUAAAUGAUUUUCUCGAAAUAAGAGACGGCAAUGAUGAACAUGCAGUUCUUAUUGGACUUUACUGCGGUGCUAAAUACGUUUCUAAAGUCAAUUCGACGAAAAACAAAUUGUCAGUUGUAUUUGGGAGUAAUAACAUGAAGGAACAUUUCGGGUUUUCCUCUACCCUCACGGCUAUUCUAAUCGAAAACUAA